AUGGGGGACUAUGAGCUGCAGCGCUGGUUGGCUGCGGCGGAGCCGCGCGUCGCUGCCGACGUUGCGGUGGGGGGAGGAGACGCAGCGCAGCUGCAGCUGCAGCUCCACCGCCUCCAGGAGCUGCGGCGAGAGCUGCAGCAGCGCCGCAUGCAAGCCGAGAGCCUGCGGCCCCCGGGCGGCCUCAGCGCCUUCCGCACACGCUGCGACCGCAUGGAGGAGGAGCUGCUGCAGCGGCAGCACCGUCUGGAGGCGUCGCUGCUGGGCUUGGGGCGCGUCCAGCACCACCUGGAGGAGCUGCUGCAGUGGUUGCAGCAGGCGGCCCUGCAGCUGCACGGCCCUGUCCCGCUGCGCCCCGACCUGCAGGGCUGCGAGAUCGAGCUCGCCAAGCACAAGGUGCUGCACAACGACGUGCUGUCGCACGCGCGCUCGGUGCAGUCGGUGCUGGAGGCCGGGCGGGAGCUGCAGCGCUGCAGCGGUGGUGACGGCGGCGCUGAGGGUCUGCAUCAGCGGCUGCAGGAGCUGAGCGAGCGCUGGGCUGCGCUGUGCAGCGCCGCCGACAGCCGUCAGCUGCAGCUGCAGAACCACCUCAGCCAGGUGCAGGACGCGACGCUGGAGAUGACGGAGCUGCUGCAGUGGUUGGAGGAGGGGGAGCUGCAGCUCUUCUUCGCGCAACCCCCGGGGAAGCUCAGCGCCCACCUGCCGCAGCCGCUGCCGCAGGAGCUCUGCAGAGAGAUGGAGUCGAAGGAGCCGUCGUUCCACGCUCUGCAGCAGCGGCUGCAGCGCCUCCUCGACUCCUGCAGCAGCAGCAGCAGCUGCAGCAGCAGCAGCACCGAGCACGCGCUGCGCCUGCUGCAGCGCAAGUGGGACAGCGUGCACGCCGAGCUGCAGCAGCGCAAGGAGCGCUUGGCCGAGGGCGUAACGGCCGCCGCCGAGUUGCAUGCGGCGCUGCAGGAGCUGCAGCGGUGGCUGCAGGAGGCGGAGGAGCAGCUCGCAGCGCCUGCGCCGCCCGGGUCCGCCCUGCACGCCAUCGACGCGCAGCUGCAGCAGCACAAGGCGCUGCUGCAGGAGGCGACGGCGCAGGCGGAGGCGCUGUCGGGGCUGCAGGCGGCUGCAGUUCGGCUGCAGGGGCUGAACCGCGGCGGCGGCGGCGGCGGCAGCGGCACUGCGGUGCAGAAGGUGCUGCGGACGGUGCGGGAGCGGCUGCAGAAGGUGCAGCGGAGGGCGGGCGAGCGCAGCGCAGCGCUGGAGGAGUUGCAGAAGCGCAGCAAACAGUUCUUGGAGUCACAGCAGCUGCUGCAGGAGUGGAUGCAGGAGGUGGAGCGCAGCCUGGCAGCGGCGCCGCCGGAUGCAGCCGCCACGCAGGAGGAGAUCAAGCGGCAGUUGGCGGAGCAGAAGGGGGCAACCGAUGCAUCCUCGGGCACAGCAGAUGCAUCCCGAGGGGUCCUGCAGCCCCUGCGUGCCCGGAUGCAACCAAUGCAGCUCUAA